CUACCUCAUGAUGUUAUAUAUAAUGUCCUUUUAGGAAGUAACACCGAAUUAGGCAGCUUCCUCUCUUCCAUGUUAUAAAUCUCUCACCGUGUCCACCGAACACCCUAAUUAUUACUCUUUUUCUUCUGAAUUAAAAAUAUGGGUUUGAUUGUUUAUUUGGAUACCAUAUUAGUUCCUUUGAGCCUUUUCCUCACAGUUGGUUACCAUACCUAUCUAUGGCAUAAUUUCAAGAACAAACCUUCAAACACCACCAUAGGGAUCGACACUCUAAGGAGGAAAACAUGGUUUCUCGAUAUAAAAGGGGGUGAUGAUAAGAAAGGUAUGUUGGCUGUGCAAAGCUUACGAAACACUCUCAUGGGGACAACACUUACAGCCACCAUAGCAAUUCUUAUUGUAUUGGCAUUGGCGGCUCUUGUAAACAAUGCAUUCAACGCAGCCCAUCUCAUCCUCAACAAUGCAUUUUUUGGUUCUCAAUCUACAAAAAUCUUUGCUCUGAAGUUCGGAUCUGCAGCACUAUUUCUAUCUAUAAGCUUCUUUUGUGGUUCUUUGGCUAUGGGAUUCUUGAUCGAUGCAAAUUUCUUGAUAAAUUCUUGUGGGGAAUUCUCAUCAUUACCUGAAUAUACACAAACUGUGUUUGAGAAGGGAUUCAUCUUAGCUCUCAUUAGCAAUAGGAUGCUCUGCAUCACCUUUCCAUUGCUGCUAUGGAUGCUUGGUCCAAUUCCUGUUUGGUUAUCCUCUCUCGCACUUGUUUGGGGUCUUUACCAGAUUGAUUUUGCUGGAAAAUUCACAAAAUGUAAUAAGCAAAGUCUUAGUUGAAGAGAUUAUGAUUAGAAAAAAAAGAAAAAGUGCAGGGCAUCUUGGCCGGCUGAAAUAAGAAAGUAAAAAAGUUAAUCCAUUAGGCCCUAAGGACUAUUUAUAAAUGUUUGUGUGUAAUUUUUUUUUCCUUUUAUUUGGUAACUUUUAAAGGUAAUUAGUGUAAUUUUAAUAUGUAUAAUAGUAAUAUUGUAAAAAGUUAUAUUCA